AUGGCUGGAAAAAAGAAGGGCCGUAAAGAGAAGAAUAAAGAAUUAGAGGAAGACGAACAAUCAAUGAAUUUUCGAGCUGAAAUAUCGAAACUGAAAAGGAAGAAAGCUGUGGAAAAAUCAUCGUUCACUCGCAUCAAGCAUCAACUAAUCGAGUCCAUUGCCGAAGAUGAGUUAUCUAGUCAAAAUGAAGUACGAAGCCUGAGAGCAAAGUUGUCUGAUCAACAAGAACAGGUAAUCAACGUGCUUGUUGAACUAUCACAUCAAUACGAAAAAUUUAAUGAUAAUGAGAAUGUAGAACUCAUCAACAACGAGAUUGAAGAGAUUAAUAACGAAUUUGAAAAAAUCAUGAAAGAUGCAAAUGGGUAUCUCGCAAGUCACAAAGGAGAUGGAUCCAGCAUUGGGACAAGAGUGUCAAGUAAGAUGAGUCAGCUCUACGUCAGUGAAGCUAGAGCCCGUGAACAAGAAAAACGUGUCAGAGAAGAGCUCCAGGCUAAGGAACAUAUACUGCGACAAAAGCAACAACAAUUGGAAGAAAAUUACAGAGCUGAAAAGACCAGGCUAGAACAAGAACUGGCAGCCCAAAAAAGAAAGCUACAAGAAGCUUCAAAAAAGACAAAGCAAUGUCAUCAGCAGCUUGAAACAGAGAUCGAAACGGAACUUGGUAUGGGCCAUGGAGAAGCUGAUAAUGAAACGGCAAGUUUUAUGAUAGAAAGACCUUGUGUAAAUGCAUAUAAUCGUAAUGUAUACGAACAAGAGGCUCAAAGUGCAAGGCAUAUUAACAGUAAAGCUGCAGAUAUUGGACAAGAUCUGUGGAAACAGCUAAAACGAGUGUCAAUUCCAGUGUUUUAUGGUGACAAAAAGACGUAUGAGAUGUGGAAGGCAGCAUUUACAGCCUGUAUAGAUCAAGCACCUGCUACUGCUGAAUACAAGCUACUACAACUGCGUCAAUAUCUUUCUGGCGAAGCGCUUAGUGCAAUUGAUGGUCUGGGUCAUUCAGCAUUCGCCUAUGAAGCAGCAAAAGAAAGACUUGAAAGAAAAUAUGGUGGGACAAGACGGAAAGUGAUGAUCUACCUGGACGAACUGGACAACUUCAAACCUAUCAGAGAAGAUCAUCCGAGAGAUAUAGAAAGGUUCGCAGACUUAUUGGAUGUAGCAGUUACUAACCUUCGUGAAGCAAAACGAACAGAAGAACUUGGUAGUGGAACUUUGUACCACAAGUUGUUGAGAAAAAUGACUGAGAAAAUGCUGUCAAGAUUUAAGCGCUGGGUUUACGAGCAUCAAAAGAAUGAAGAUGUUGAAACGCUGCGACAGUUUAUUAUUGAGGAAGCAGAAUUUCAAGUAGCAGCCGCAGAAACAAUUCACGGCUUUCAUAAGAACAUGGUUACAAGACCCAAAAACUCUAGCAGUUCAUUCUUUGGAGCAGAUGACCGAUCAAAGAAGUUGAAAUUCUUGAGGAAAUGCUACGUUUGUCAAAAUGAUCAUAUGAUAUGGGACUGCAGUGCCUUCAAAAGCAAAAAAGUGAACCAGCGAUGGGAAAUUGCAAAGAAGCAGAAGCUUUGUUUUAAGUGUUUGAGAAGCAACCACCUGGCAAGAGCAUGCAGAAAUAGUCGAAUUUGUGGUAUCGACGGGUGCACUGAUACACAUAAUCGUCUCCUUCACAAGAACAAAGAGGAUGUGGUUGACAAAGUAAAGACAAGAGAAACUGAGAAAGGGCAUGAGGGGGAGUCAGUUGAAAGUUCCCAUACUUCAACAUUGUCUAAAGAAAAACAAGAUGAAGUAAAGUUUGUGUCACUAAGAACUGUUCCAGUUGUUUUAAAGAAUGGCAAUAAGAAGAUUGUGGUUAACGCUCUGUUAGAUGAUGGAAGCACGAAAACCUAUCUAAAUAGCGAUGUGGCAACAGAACUGGACUUGAAAGGUGAACGGCAAAAUGUAACAGUCAGUAUGCUUAAUGGUGUAGCUGAUUCUCUUGAGACAAUGCCAGUUGAAUUUCAACUUGAGUCCUUGGAUGGAAAGCUGAAAACGCAGAUCCAGGCAUUAACAGUCAACCGAGUUACAGGCAAUCUGAGAGCUGUCAAUUGGGUAAAAAUGGCAAACAACUGGAAGCAUUUAAAAGAUAUCAAAUUUCCCAGUGUUGGACCAAAGCCAACGAUUGACAUCUUAAUUGGUGUGGACCAUGCUGAUCUUCACUGUGCACAGAGAGAGGUAAAGGGGAAAGCAAAUGAACCAGUGGCCCGGCUGACACCACUUGGGUGGACUUGUGUAGGUGAUUGCAAUGGGCAAGUUAUUUCAACCAACUUUGUGAUGUCACCAAAAGACGACAGAGAAUUGAUAAAGAUAAACAGUACGAUUAGAAAGUUAUGGGAGAUUGAAGGGGAUGAAAGUAUAAAAGACAAGACAUUGAUGUGCCCUGAAGACAUUGAAGCACUGGAAAUGGUGAAGAACUCAUUGGAAUACCAUGAUGGAAGGUAUGAAAUUAGAAUACCAUGGAAAAAGGAAAGAAAACUUGAUGACAAUUACGAAAUGGCUUUGAACCGAUUAGCAAACACGGAGAAGAGACUUUUGAAAGACAAACAGCUGGGUAAUAGCUAUAAUGAGAUUAUACAGCAAUAUCUACGAAAGGGAUAUCUUGAAAAAGUCGACAAAGAACCUGGAAAAGAUUGCUGGUACUUGCCACACUUUCCUGUUCUACGUCCCGAUAAAGCAACUACCAAGGUGCGCAUUGUCUUCGAUGGGUCAGCAAAAUACAAUGGCAUGUCUGUCAAUGAUGUAAUUCACCAAGGACCGAAACUUCAACAAGAUUUGGUGAAAGUACUCUUGCGAUUCCGGAAGCAUCCAGUUGCCUUGGUUUGCGACAUAGCCGAAAUGUAUUUACAAAUUGGAAUACAUCCAGAUGACCGGCAGUAUCAAAGAAUUUUGUGGAGGAACAUGGAUCAAACUGCUGAGCCCGACGUGUUACAAUUCAACAGAAUGGUAUUUGGAAUAAAUUCGUCACCCUUUGGAGCUCAAUUUGUAUCACAAGAACAUGCAAGAAGAAGUGCAGAAGAAUUGCCAAUGGCUGCAAGCUCAGUGUUAGAUUCAACUUAUAUGGAUGACACAAUGGAUUCAGUGACUGAUGACGAAGCAGGUAUCAAACUAUACACGGAACUGUCAGAACUUUGGCACUCAGCCGGUAUGUAUGCAAGAAAGUGGCUAUCGAAUUCAACAGCAGUAUUGAAGGUCAUCCCAGAGACAGAUCGUGCAGAAAAUAUCGACUUGGAUGCUGGAGAAUUACCGUCAGUGAAAACACUUGGGAUCGUGUGGAAUGCUCAACGAGAUGUGUUCACGUACAAGUCUGUCAAACAAGCUGAAGGUACGACAUAUACAAAACGUUUUUUAUUAAAGGAAAUGGCAACGCUCUUUGAUCCAUUGGGAUUCAUUUCGCCAUAUGUCAUCCGUAUCAAAGUCAUCAUGCAAGAAUUAUGGUUACAUGGACUGAAUUGGGAUGAUGAACUUCCUGGUAAUGUGGUAACGAAAAUAAAAGCAUGGUUUCAUGAGUUGGAGAAAUUGCCAUUGAUUCAAAUUCCAAGAUGCUUAAGGACGACGUCAUUAGUAACAAGUCAGUUCAUUCAUGUGUUUACGGAUGCAUCUAGUGAAGCAUAUGGUGCAGUUGCCUAUCUACAGUCUGUUUACGAGUCAGGGGAAUAUUCUUCUCGUCUUAUCAUGUCCAAGGCAAGAGUUGCUCCUUUAAAAUCGAUAAGCAUCCCAAGACUGGAACUGCUAGGAGCUGUUCUCGGAUUAAAGUUGGCAGACAAAAUAGCUGACGCUUUGAAAAUGGAGUUACAAGACGUGAGAUUCUGGAGUGACAGUAUGAAUGUGUUGUGGUGGAUAAGAAAUCAAAGUCGAAACUUGAAGCCGUUUAUUGCAAAUCGGGUUGGAUUGAUUCAAUCAAGAACUGAAAACAGUCAAUGGAGAUACAUUCCAACGAAGAAAAAUCCUGCUGACUUACUGAGUAGGGGACUAUCCGUGACAGCUUUGGUGCAGAAUGAAAGUUGGUGGAAUGGCCCCAGUUUCCUGUACAAUCCUGAAGAAUCUUGGCCAGAUAAUCAAUUUCAAGUAACAGACGAAGCAAUAUCGGAAAUGAAGAAGACAGCUGUUGAUACAACAGCCUUAUUUGUAACAGAGAAGUCUGACGAAAUAUUAGAUCCAAAACGAUACUCAAAAUGGAAUAGAUUGAUAAAAGUAAAUGCAUGGGUGAAUCGAUUCUUGAAUAAUUGCAGAAGACCAAAGCAUCUACGGAGUCAAGGAAAUUUGAGAGUUGACGAAAUGCAAGAAAGCGAGUAUGAGUUCAUCAUCAAAGCCCAAAAGGAAAGCUUUGAAGAGGAAUAUGAAAGAUUGGUGAAAGGAAAGAUAUUACCACCAUCAAGCAAGAUCAUAGCACUGAAACCACAAUUAGGUGAAGAUGGAUUAAUGCGAUCCUGCGGACGGUUACAAAAUGCAGAGUAUUUACCAUAUGAUAUCAAAUAUCCCAUCAUUUUACCGAGGGGACACAUUGUAACCAGGUUGAUUGUCAGGCAGUGCCACGAAGAUGGAAAUCAUGCUAUGGGGACGAAUCAGACGCUGGCUAAGCUAUCAGAACGAUAUUGGCUGAUAAGAGGCAGAGAAGAGAUUCGCGAAGUCAUAAAUAGAUGCAACCAGUGCAAGGUGAAAAAGGCAACACCCGCAAAUCAACUUAUGGCUCCAUUACCAUCGAUUCGUCUCAAAGAACCACUACGUGCAUUUGCAAGAAUUGGAUUGGAUUUUGCAGGACCAUACAUCACCAAACAAGGACGAGGAAAGAAACAAGCCAAGAGGUACUUGUGUUUAUUUACAUGUUUACUAUCAAGGGCAGUACAUUUGGAACUAGCGUAUGGGCUGGACACCAAUUCAUUUCUUAACGCAUUCUACAGAAUGGUAAACAGACGAGGAUUACCAAGCGAAGUAUUGUCGGAUAAUGGUACAAAUUUUGUUGGUGGUAACAAGGAGUUGCAAGAGCUAAUUAACCACUUGGAUAGAGAUAAGAUUGAAACUUCAGUUGCUAACAAAGGGAUCACAUGGUACUUCAAUGCUCCUUUAGCACCACACCUGGGAGGAGUCUUCGAAACUAUGAUAAAAGCAGCUAAAAGAGCAGUAACUGCUAUCCUCGGAAAAGCAGAUAUAACAGACGAGGAGCUUCAUACAGCCUUUACAGGUGCGGAAAGUCUAUUGAAUUCAAGACCAUUGACUUAUCAAAGUGCUGAUAUCAAGGAUGAUGUACCUUUAACUCCUAACCAUUUCUUAUUUGGACAAGCUGGUGGAAAAUUUGCCCCAGAGUCAGUCGACACCGAAGAUUACCAUCCUUCAAGACGAUGGAGACGAGUGCAAGAACUAGUACGUCACUUUUGGAAGCGUUGGAUGAAGGAGUGGUUGCCAUCUUUAUCGCUGCGCCGUAAAUGGAACAAAGAACAAGGCGAGUUAAAGGUGAAUGAUGUUGUGUUGAUAAUAUCACCAGAUACCCCAAGAGGAAACUGGCCAUUGGGGCGUGUAGUAAAAGUCUUCCCAGGAAGCGAUGGACAUGUUCGAGUAGUUCAAGUGAAAGUAGGAGCAAAGGAGAUAAAACGACCGAUUUCAAGACUGUGUCCCCUUGAGUUCAGUAGUGGAUAG